AUUAUACGUAGCGAGGAGACGCAACGUAUUUUCCUGAAUCUGGUUCCGACGUGGCAACGGCACACACAUCGAGCACAGGGCUCUCCUACCCGAACGGUAGCAGCUGAGAGACGGGUGUGCGGGGCGGAAGAUUUCUCACGGCUCACGGACGAGAACGCGCUUCGUUAUGCACCCACUCCUACGGAUGGCAGCCUCUCAACAAAGAUUUACCGCAAACUUUCCGCUCGGCGUUUGACGCGGGUGUGUGUGUCUUGUGUGUGUUGUUAUUGUGGUUCUACCGAGUCAGGUCCAAGAGCAGCGACCGUGAUGCAGGUGCAGACUGUGGGCUAAAUGUUCCUGAAAUGUCUCGCUGUGCGCCGACGCGGUCCAUUGUGCCACGGCAGCCCCGCAUUGACAGAUGCCAUUUUAAGCCUGCGUGGUCCCGCCGUCUGGAAUCGCAGCAAAGUGUUGUGUAAUUACAAGUUGUACCAAAACAAGCUGGUGGAAUGGGAAUGAGCGUCCAUGACACUUUAUGGGUCCGGCGUACUUGAGGCUUACAGUUGAAGAGGUGUGCUGCGGGGCGACAGCUUCACAUCUGGACCGCCCGGUUCCUGGCUACCGCGGCCUGGUUGGGCCGCGCACCCCAUUAACUUAUAUGUUUGCUGGCAACUGAUUUGAUUGACAGUCUCGGAGGGUGUCGAGUUAGCCCAGGCAGAGCAUAAAAAUGGUUGUGUCAGCUAUGGCUCUCGCUUAGUGAAGUCACGCUUAUUAAAGCAACGCUAGCGUGACUCUGCAGUCUUCAUUCCACAUCGCCCACGUCGACGUUCGGGGGAGAAAAAAAAAACAAUAGUGAAAGUGGAGUAUUGUCCGCCAUACGUGUCAACGCAGUGGGAUUUCUACGUGUGGUCGGCGUUCCCCCCACCCCACCCUUCCCGCGGUGACGGUUAUGGGUCGGAAGCGGUGUGUAGGUGCAGAUUGUUCCAAGAUGGCGGCCGGGUGCUGCGGGGUGAAGAAGCAGAAGCUGUCGGGAUCGCCCGGGUCGGGGGGUCCCGGCGGGGUGGGGGCGGGAAGCGGGGUGACAGGAACCGGACAUUGUGGAUCGGAGUUGGGGAUUGGUUCCUCCGCGACGGUUGCUGGAGCGGCCAACGUGAGCAGGGCGAACGGCCUGGGGGGACCCGGGGGUAACGUUAGCGGCGGUGGUGGUAGUAAUAGUGGUGGCAGCAGCGGACCGAGCACUCUGUCUCCAGCCCCGGCCGGCUACACUUCAUCCGGUCUCUCCCCGAAUCUCAGCCCAGGACCUGGAUCGGGAAGUGGAGGCAGAAAAAUGGUUGUAUCAGCGGAGAUGUGCUGCUUCUGCUUUGACGUCCUUUAUUGCCAUCUAUACGGAUACCAACCUCCGAGAACACCCAGGUUUACAAAUGAUCCCUACCCGCUGUUUGUCACAUGGAAAAUCGGCAGAGACAAGCGGUUGAGGGGUUGUAUAGGUACAUUUUCUGCCAUGAAUCUGCACUCAGGACUCAGGGAGUACACCCUUACCAGUGCCCUUAAAGACAGCCGCUUCCCCCCCAUGACAAGGGAUGAGCUGCCUCGCCUCUUCUGCUCAGUGUCUCUUCUCACCAACUUUGAAGACGUCGGUGAUUACCUUGACUGGGAGGUGGGUGUUCACGGUAUUAGGAUAGAGUUUUUCAAUGAGAAAGGAUCAAAGCGCACCGCCACCUACCUGCCAGAGGUCGCAAAGGAGCAAGGUUGGGACCACAUUCAAACCAUAGAUUCCUUACUACGAAAGGGAGGUUACAAAGCUCCCAUCACAAAUGAUUUCAGGAAGACCAUUAAGUUAACCAGGUACCGUAGCGAGAAGAUGACAAUGGGCUAUGCGGAGUACAUAGCCCACCGCCAGCAUCAUCACUACCAGAAUGGCAUCGGGCACCCUCUUCCACCCUACAACCAUUAUUCCUGACAGCGAGCCGCAUGACCAAUCAUUGGACCUCUCCGCGGACCUUUUCCCAGGAGAGCCCGCCCCCUCCUGGUCUAGCUAUUUCUACUACUGUACCAUUUUAUGAUGAUAGUUUCCGUUGCCGUGCAAGCCGUCUCCCGAGACGUUGUUGACAUGGCAACGGGCUGCUAUCAAGCAUCAAAUCGAGAGAAUCGCGUGAGAUCCACCUUUUUUGUUUUUUGUUUUGUGGUUUUUGCAGCAUACGUAUAUCUUUUAACCCCCUUCAUAUGUCUUGUAUCUUUUACCAUCAAGUCCACUCAGCAGCCUAAUCAGGUGUUUGAGUCUGUGGAUGGAAGGAAGUCUCUUCCAGUGGAUGAACGCUGAAAACCCUGAUUCUUCCUCUUUUUCUUGAUUUCCCCCCCUCCACAUCUUUUACCCAGACUUCAUGUGUACCAUGUAGCAGGUUCUCAAAGGCUGUGUGUCGUGUGUACUCUGAUUCCUCUCAAAAAAAAAAAAACAAAAGGCUGUUGCUGAGGGUUGUCUUAGCUUGUAGCGUAGCAGGUGGGGCUAUGUAUUGGGAGGUGUAUACUCCAAAAUUGUGCAUUCUAGGAUUGUGAUGCCCUCUUUAUUAUUUGAGGUCACAGCCGUGUGGUUUCUGUUUUUGCGUGUGAAUUACUGACGCUCAUAGAAAUUGGAUUUAAGAUCGAGUUAGAGCAUCGUGUUUUUUUUUUUUUUUUUUUAGUAGAGUAGUAGAGCGUUUCUGCUUGACCUGCCCCGUGUGCGUGUGUGUGUGUGUUUUUGUUGUGUGGUUCCAGCAUCAAGGAAGCGACAUCCCGGGAUACGCUUGGUAAUUUUAGAUUUUGUGUCUUUUUAAAAACGGGGCAGCUGUGUUUGAUUUCCUGGCAUUUAGAAGAAAACUGCACUUUUUUUCCCCCCGAAUUUUUCCCAUCAUUCAAAAUCCUUAUGUGAAACAUGACCACACAUCUUCCGAAGAGAGGAAAAACGGCUAGCAUGUGGGAGCUAAAAAUGCAUGCAAUGGGACACACCUAUUUGACUAAAAAGCCCUAAACAAAAAAAGAAACAAGUCCUCCAAAAAACGCCAACAAUGUUUUAUUUACAUAACUGACCCGUGUACAUAACCCAAGGUGCAAUGACCUUAUUGUAGCAGCUAACGCAAAGAACUAUUUUUCAUGCCGUAGUGAUGCAGUGCCUCGCGUCGUUACUGAGAGGUAGGAUAGGACACCAAUCUGUACCCAUUGGGAAACCAGAACAAGCAUAUGAACAACUACGAAUAGACAACCAACUGAACUGUAAAGUAUUAGCCCACAUUCCAUGUUUGGCCAGAUGAACUGUGUUGUGAUACCAUGUGCUCCAUGUAUCGCAGUGGCUGGUCUUGUGGCGCCUUUUCCAGUUGGUUUUGGGUAGGUGGAAAAAGGUUUCUACCACUGCAGGGUUUGUUAGCGCUAACCAUUCUCCGUUCGUUGUGUCCUCCUCGCCAUAUACACGAAGCCUUUUCGUCGAUGUUAACAUUACGCUAUUCAGUGCAGGAGAAAACAUGCAAUUUCUAUCAGCAUGGCUUGGCAAGCUUCACAUUUACACCACCAAGUCAUGCCGAUGCUGACUUUGACGUUCCACUCGCUCUUCUUGCCCGCUCAGCUUCUAAAAUCUGUAGCUCCUCUGCCGUAUAUUCAGGCUCAAAAGCAUUUGUCCACAAGUAGUUACGGGCGACGGCUCUCACAAAGUCUGCCGUGAUUAGCACAGUGGAGCCUUGGUUAACGUCAUUAAUCUGUUCCAGAAGGUCCAACUCAAACCAAAACGAACUCUAACCAAAUCAAAUUUCCCCAUAGAAAAUAAUGUAAAUCCAAUUAAUCCGAUCCAGACACCCAAAAAUGUUAACACAAAACAUGUUUUUAUACACAAUUAUACUUUUACAUGCAGAAAAUGAUGCAAGCAUAAUGACAAAUGAAUGGACAACUGAACAUGCUGUUUUUCCCUCUGUAGAAGGCACAGGAAAGGGAAAGACGUGUUUGUUUCACAUCGGGAUUGUGGAUGAUGGGCAACAUUCCAAAAAAAGUGCAGAUCCGGAUGCCGCGUGCGUGGGUGCUGUCGUUUCCAUUUCCUCUGAGCGUUACUUGGCAGGGAAACUUCUUAAAGCCAUAUUCUCUUUUUAGUCGCCGCGUUUUGGAUGCCAGUGACCUCCCAGCGUAUGGAACGCGUUCAUUCUCAUUGUCUCACCGUUCAGAUGAUAGCUAACCGUCGUCUAGCACGUGUCAUUGUUUUUGUCAGCUGGACGUAACUGAGUUGACGUUUUGCGAGUCGGUUGACGGGAAUUUUUUUUUUUUUGAGAGGUUCUCGUCACCCUUUUUUUUUGGGUAACAGCCUUUACAAACUGACAGGUUCUUUUAGUUUUUUCUUUAUGCAAAAAAAAAAAAAACAAAACGUCAAGGGCUUUUGGCACUCCAUCCACAGCUAACCCGAAAUGACCCGCAUUUUAAAGUUGUGUUGCCUUAAAUGAAUGAUUUACCAAGAGGGGGGGAGGGGGGGAUGAUGCUCGGUUCCUGUUCUUCCUUCCCCGUGUUUGCGCUUACCGCGUACCCCCUCCCCCCCCCCUCCCCCACCCCCCACCACCAUCCCAUCGUCAAACUGCGGGAAGACCGCGUCUAUCGAGCAUCAAUCUCCCGCUUCAUUUUAAUCACAGCACAACCAGAAAUGAUCUGCUGCAAAACCAAAUCGACCAUGCUCUUGAACAUAUAUGUCUUUGUGUACACAUGCAAUGUGUCUAGUUGCAUGUAUGUAUGAGUAUGAGACCUAUGGUUUUCUCCAUGAUAUAGAUAUUAUGCUUGAUCUAUGACUUGGACGCUCUUUAAGAGAUUUAAAUGACAAAUAUGGUGCUAUCUGACCUCAUAUUGGGGUGGUCACGGCUCGUGACUGGUCAUGCGGACUCAUCGAUCAUAUCAUACUUAAAAAAAAAAAAAAGAAAAGAUGUUACAUGUAAGAUUUUCUCUUUGGUGUAAUUGCUGCGAAACGUGGCACAUUUUUUUUAACACUGAAGGAAGAAACAAAUGUAGCCCCUUGCUCUCAUCAAAUCCAUUGUGGGUGAGUUCCCUAUGGGAAAACUGAUAAUUCCUUCACAUGUCAUGAAGACGGACGGACGGACGAGUCCCGGCAGCGGACGCUACGGAAUGUACUGUUUAGCAGUUACAAUUCAAGACACGUGACGAGAGAAUCUUACAUGUCUUAACCUUUUUAAACUCUCCGAUAUAUGCAGAUCUGUUCAACAGGUGUUUUGUUUGUGUUCCACCCGUGCAGGUUUGAAAGGACAAGAAGUCACACGUUCACCUUUACUCCUUUUUACCCAGCCCUCACGGCCUAGUCUGUCCCGGUGUCGGCGGUCGUUUGCCUCUCCCGGCAGGUCGGAUGUUGUGGUUUUUUUUACAUUUUUAAAUUUUAUUUGUACAUCCGUUAUCCUCUAGCUGCUGAAUCGUUCGACGGCGUGUUGGGGCCACGUUGAAAGAAAAAAAAAAUCUGAGGUUUCGAGAAAGUCGUAAAUUUCCGAGAAGAAAGUCGUAGAUUUAUGGGAAAAGUCGUAAUAUUACCUUUGCCCAAGGGCACGUAAGUCCCCCAUUUUCAUAGCUGCCCCAGGCAAUGCCAGAAGAUAAUCUGAGAUUUCGAGAAUAAAGUUGGAAAUUAUGAGAAUAAAAUCGUAAAUGUGCGAUUAAAAAAAUUAUAAAUUUACGGCUUCAUUCACGUAAAUAUUACCUUGCUUAUUAUUAUUAUUAUUAUUGUUGUUGUUGUUGUUGCCUUUGCCGAAGGCCAAAGGUCACUAAAGUCGUAAACGGUCACAUUAGUCGCCCAUUUUCAUAGCUGUCUCAGGCAAUGCCCGACAACAAUAUUGAGAUUUUGAGAAUAAGGUUGGAAAUUUGACGAGAAUAAAAUAGUAAAUGUACGAGGAAAAAAAAGUUGCAAGUUUAGGACCUCAUUCUCGUAAAUAUUACCUUGUUAUUACUAUCUUUGCUCAAGGCCAAAGGUUACACAAGUCGUAAACGGUCACAUAAGUCCCUCACUUUCAUAGCUGUCUCAGGCAAUGGGAGUCAUAAAUGUACGAGAAAACAACUUGUAAUAUUACGAGAAUAAAGUUGUCACUUUAUUUUACAGGCAUUGCCUUAGACAACUAUUAAGGGGGGGCGGGACUUGUGUAACCGUAAGGCAAGGAAGGCGGACUAGAGAAGGGUCUAAAAGCUCAACUGCUCUGUUUUGCUGCUGCUACAUUAUAAAUAAAAGCUUGCGGGAAGCAAGAGGAACGUUUCCUUCCUGAAGAGCUGUGCUCUUAUUUUCCCUCGGACACGAUGACACGUAAUAUUACGACUUUUUUCUCGUAAAUUUAUGACUUUAUUCUCAAUUUUUUUUUUUAUUUUAAUUUUUUGGUCAAAGUGG